UUGUUGCGUUCUUCAACCUCUGACGGUGGAAGGAUUUUGUCGCUGGUUUACCCUGGUAAGAGCCUGUUAAGCCUUACCGUGACAGUGCUGACAGAACUGAAAAGUCGAGGGCACGACGUUUGGGCGGUGUAUGCGGACACGUUCGAAAUAUCGGCCUCGAUGUUGCGAGAAAGCGGUAUUAAUCUGCUGACUUUUACAUCUAAGGAGAAAAUGUUUCUGGACGAUCCGGAGGUACAGAGAGAUAUUUUAAUGGCGGCCGUUGAAAACCCAGAACUACGCACAAGCCUUUUUCAUUUAACGUCCACUAUUCAAAAAUUUACUAGUAUAUUCGAAAGUUAUUUGGAAGAGAUGUUUGUGGACAAGGAACUGGACAGAAAGCAUUCCAUACAACCUAUUACGCCGGAACUUUCCCAGAAGCAUGCCCCGGGACGCCCUUACAUGUCUACGCCAGAACUGAUGGCAGAAUCAGAGUUGUGGAUAGUGGACGGAGGCCAGCCCGCCAUUGACCACGUCAAACCGUCACUGCCCAACGUCAAGUACCUGGGAGGUCUUGUGACGCGACCCGCAAAGCCACUGCCGAAAGACUUGGAGACUUUUCUCAAAAAGCAUGACCACGGCGUGGUUCUUGUGUCGUUCGGCUCCCUGGUCAAAUACAUGCCGGACAGAGUAGUUCUGGAACUUUUCGAAGCCUUCAAGAACGUGCCUUAUGGUGUUAUAUGGAAGUAUAAUGGGCAGCCGCUAAAGAAUGUCCCGGGUCAUGUCAAGAUUAUGUCUUGGAUGCCACAGAAUGAUAUUUUGGGGCAUCCUAACACUAAGCUCUUUAUAACACACGCUGGAAACAACGGGCAGAUGGAGGCACUAUACCACGGUGUGCCCAUGAUAAGCAUACCUUUGUUCGGUGACCAAGAUUACAACGCGGCAAGGGCGGAACAAAAAGGCAUUGCAAUAACAAUGGACGCGGCAUUCUUAAAAUCCGAGAAUCUUAUUUCUGCCAUUAAUAUGAUGAUGCAAAACGAUACCUAUGCCAAGAACAUGCGCAGGGCGUCCGCCAUUUUUCGCGAUCAACCUGGCACCCCCGUGGAACUGGCAGGUUUCUGGAUUGACCACGUGAUCAAACAUGGCGGUUCCUAUAUGAAAUCCCAUGCAAGACUGCUUCCCUGGUACCAGUUCUAUAUGCUUGAUGUUAUGUUGGUGUUUUUAGCAAUUAUUUUAUUGAUUUGUUUGUUCUGUGGAGUUUGUUGUUCCUUUGUGUGCAAAAAAUUGCGUAGUCAGUCAACUUCCGCUGGGAAACAAAAGACCCAAAAGACCGAAUAGAGCAUAAUUUUUACUUUGUAACGAAAUAUAGUAAGCCUACCGCUGCAUAUAUUUCAGUAUUGCUUUCAUUGUGUCUAAACAGAUAGUCUAUGUUUUAUUUAAACUUCUGAGAUAGAUUCCCAAUCUUUUUCGCCGUUUCUAUCUACACUGUAACUUUACUUCAGUAAAUUCCAUCGUAUUUCAUGGACG